CGGAGUUUGAUUUUUAAUAUACGUAGAUACCUAGGUAACUAAUAAAUGACCCUACAUGAUUAAUCAUAUUUUAUUUAUUGUUACGAUACCUUCGCAUUGAGGACUUGCCAGAGAUAUAUCCAUUCGUCCCGUGGAAAGUCAUAAACAUCGAAUGUGCGGUCAAUGCUAAGCAUCCGGCGGCUAGGAGCUGGGUCUGGGUAACAUGAAAUGUCGAACUCUUCUUCGGAGCCUCACGAAGAGCACCAAGCUAGAAAGCGAGGUGAGAAACUUCAAUCGGAGCUAUCAUGGAACAUUUCGGUAAAAACAACUGCAUUGUCAUGCGGAGAUAGGCGUUCCCAUUGACAGCAAAAGCCUGAGUGAAUAAGACAAGGGGACAAAGGAAGCCAACAACCAUCAAAGAAAGUCCAACGCACAACCACAUUGUUAUGCAACAUGGGUGUACGUGGUAUAACACGACCAACCAUCUGCCAAAAAUGUGUCAGUGUUCGUCGACUUCCCGCAUCUCGCAUUCUGUAUAAGAAGGCGGCUACCCCACUAACCAAUGAGAAAGAUACGUCCGUCAUCUCCAUAACGUUCGUCGAUUUCGUGCCUUUAGAAAUCCACCCAUUAGCGCCGAUACCAUGUGCUCUUUCCGCGCAGAUGGACUAUGAAGCGGGUCUGCGGCAAUCGCCGUGUAAUGAACCGUCUACACACCCGAGACUGAACGUUAAAGUGCCGCACUUAUGUUCAUAUUGCCAUGACCGAAAGUCGAAACUCGACCGGCAGUUCGACAUUGUGAAAUCGAAGAUGAGCGAUCUGCGCACACAAAUCGAGGGAAUAUAUGGCAGAUGCGCCAAACACCUCGACGAGGCAGGAGUAGAGACAUCGGAUGUAUCACCAGCGGUCACAUUUGUUUCGACGAGGAAGGUAGUGAUUCCCAAGGCUGAAGGCAAAUUAAAUAGUAUCGCUACCGUAGAGUCGGUGGAUGAACCUGAUCCUGUUAAGGCGUUCUUAGCGAAGAAGAGACAAGAAGACGAUGCGCAUUUGAUGAUGAUCUCAGACUUCAGGUAA